ACGAAGUUAAAUUUGUUUCAUGAAGUUUCGAACGCGUGUCAUAAUCACAGUAAUAAUAAAUAUCUGAAAAACUGACUUGAAUGUUUAAUCUUGAUCUGUGAUUAAGAAAUAAUUGAUAUUUUUUUAGUAAUUUUCAAUACAUUGUACAUGUUGAAUUUCAAUAGUUCGUACAUAUCUCGAUAUUGUGAAGGAAAAUUCUAGAAAAGUUUAAUAAAUAACUGGAGUAAUACCUGUAAAUAAAUCUUUUGCAAGAUCAACAUCAAUUGUGUUACUUAAGAAAGUUCAUUAAAGUUUGUUUGUUUCCAAGAAAAUCAUCUCGAGUAAUCUUUUCAAAGUUACAAACUUCGAUAGUGACCUCGAAUCUAAUAAACAAAUAUUUGAUUUUUACUGUUUGAAAAUUCAAAGGCGAACAAAGAAGUGAAAUUCAGUGUCGAAUGAUCAUGAUGAUAAAUGGAAUUUCUCAUGCAAGAGAACACCACGUGUCUAUAAAUAACUUCAAGUAACUUGGAACGCACGCUACAACAUUAAUUAAAUAAAUUGCGGUUUAUCAAUUUGUAAUGUGAUAGCUAUAAAGACUAACCAUCAGCAGUUCUCAUGUCUAAGUUACACGUGUAAAAGUCUUCUACGUUAUUUAUUCAGCUAUAAGAAUGUUGCCAAAUGAUGUUAUGAAACUCUUGGUAAUAACCUUAUCAUUGACGAUUGGUUAUGGAAGAAACUUUGAAUAUCGACUCAUUCAAUCGAAUAAUAUUCAACGACAAGAGCUUUUACAACAAAAAUGUGAUAAAUACGACUUAGGGAACAAUGAGCUUUAUCAGAAUGUCUCCAUUCACACGCUAAGCGAUCCGGAUCUAGAGCAUUUGUUGAUUGAUAGGAAGCACAAGUUUCUCUAUUGUUAUGUGCCAAAGGUCGCAUGCACAAACUGGAAACGUGUAUUGAUGAUAAUGACGGGAAAAACAAACGAAACUGAUCCAUUGAAGAUUCCAGCAACAUUAGCACACUCACCAGGAAUGUUUGAUAAAUUGAGUUCAUUAUCAAGCAAAGAGAAGGAAAAUGUUCUAUCAGAUUAUACGAGAUUUAUUAUCGUGCGAAAUCCGUUUGAGAGACUACUAUCAGCUUAUCGAAACAAGUUUGAAGGGAACUUGGAGAGUGCCAGAUAUUUUCAGACACGUAUUGGACGAUUGAUUAUCAAGAGUUUCCGGCCACAUGCAUCGAGAGAUUCCCUAAUGAAUGGUCACGAUGUCACAUUUGAUGAGUUCGUUCGAUAUUUAUUAACGCCUGAAUUGAGUAUGAAUUAUCAAUCUAAUCAAUCAUCAUUUAAUGAGCACUGGGAGCCGAUAUCAAAACUUUGUCAUCCGUGCUUAAUUAGGUAUAAUGUGAUUGGCAAAUAUGAGACACUCAACGACGACUCAGCACUCGCAUUACAUAUGAUUGGCAGUGACAAUGUAACAUUCCCAAAGGUCACUCGAACGUCCGGCACCGGUGAAAAGUUGCAACAUUACCUUGAUCAAUUGCCAUUAGGAUUAAUUAGGAAUUUAUAUAAAUUAUAUGAGCGAGAUUUCAAGCUUUUCGAUUAUAGUCUUGACGACAUUUUAGGAUUUGAGUUGGGAUGACGAAAGCAGAUAUUUAGUUAAGACAAUUCACUAAUUAAGUUAAUGCUCAAAGCUUUUUCUAAAGUUAAGAAGCUCAAACAUAAGUGUUAAAGCUUUUGUUACUUAAGUAUUAGCAACAACUGGGCCUGCAGUUGAAAUAAGAGAAUCUGCCUCAAAAAAAGAAAAUUAAAUUACCACAAAAAUCUGGGAAAAGCUUCUAAUCUAAUCUCUCUUAACUUAUGAACAUAUAUCUCUCUCUCUUUCAUUAAAAAUGAAAUUUCUUUACUGACAAAAGCAUAAACACGCUUUCAAGGUACACCUCCAUCAAACUCAUAGACUUCAACAUAAAUUUUUAAUUAUGAUGCUCAAAAUAAUGCUCAUAUAUAUAAACAUAAAGUUGAAGAACAUGGAUAUGUAUGUUACGUGAAAAAAUAUUCUACCCCAAAGUUAUUACAAAGAGGCAAAGGAACAGGUGUACAUAUAUUGAUUAAUUAAUGUUUAUGUGUAACGGAAAAAAAUAAAAGUAAACUGAGUAAUGUAUCUCAUAUUGCUUAGAGCACUAAUUAUAGAAUGGUUGGAUAACAUAGGCAAAACCAUAGAUUGGAUGAUAACAAUAACAUUAAACAAAAAUAGAUAACGAUAUAUCUCUCUUGUUUCAAUGUUCUUAAUUUUUUGUGUUCUCGAUUUUUGUUUUUUGAGGACAUGAGGAAAACGUUCGAGGCAUUGUCACAUAGUAGAUGAAUAAAAUUUAUGCAUGUAGAGAAAAUCUGUAUUAAUUUAAUAAUAAUCACUGUGAUGUUUAAUUACUAAUUACUUUAGAGAUAUAAUUUUUGGUUAAUUUACCUUAAUUACUGCUUACAAAAAUGUUAUGCAAUAAUUUUGGGAUAUCUCAACCAACAUACUUAAAUAACAUCAUUUUUGUUUGUGAAUUUCACGAUAAUAAUAAUAAUUUAUAUUACCGAUUUAACAAAUAAAAUUAUUUCUUUCUUGUGAAGAACGAA